CCGGUUCCUCUCUUCGUUUACGUCGUUUCUCCUCCGGUUCAACCGUUCAUCCAGUCCUCUGGUAGCUCUCACGUUUGAUACACUGGUUUAAUCCAUUUAUCUUCAACCGACACCCGGGGAGAAGCUGUGCAGCUCUUCAAAAAGCCGUGUUAGUUAGUUUACCAGCCGGUGUUUUCUCCGUUACCGUGCCUCCACCAUGGCGAGCUACCAUAAACCGGACGAGAAGACACUGCAGGGCCUGAAAGACAUCGCUAACAAGUUACGGAUCAACUCGGUCAAGGCAACGUGCGCCUCCAACUCCGGUCACCCCACCACAUGUUGCAGCGCCGCAGAGCUGAUGUCCGUGCUGUUCUUCCACACGAUGCGUUACAAAGCCACGGACCCACGCAACCCGUGCAACGACCGCUUCGUGCUUUCCAAGGGUCAUGCUGCACCAAUCCUGUACGCUGCCUGGGCAGAGGCGGGCUUUGUGAAGGAGGCUGACCUGAUUAACCUUAGGAAGAUCGACUCUGACCUGGAGGGUCACCCCACACCCAAACUGGAGUUUGUUGACGUGGCAACGGGGUCUCUGGGCCAGGGGCUUGGGGCCGCCUGCGGCAUGGCCUACACCGGGAAACACUUCGACAAGUCCAGUUACCGUGUGUACUGCAUGCUGGGUGAUGGGGAGUGCUCUGAGGGGGCUGUCUGGGAAGCCAUGGCGUUUGGUUCCCACUACAACCUGGAUAACCUGGUGGCUAUUAUCGACGCUAACCGCCUGGGACAGAGUGAAGCUGCUCCUCUCAAACACGACAUGGACGUCUACCGCAGACGCUGCGAAGCGUUCGGGUGGAACACGUAUGUGGUGGAUGGUCAUGACGUUGAGGAGCUGUGUAAAGCUCUGUGGCAGGCCCAGCAGGUGAAGGGGAAACCCACUAUGAUCCUGGCCAAGACCUUCAAGGGUCGAGGACUCAAAGGCAUAGAGAACACAGAUAACUGGCAUGGGAAGCCCAUGCCCAAGGACCGGGCCGAGGAGGCCAUUAAAGAUUUAGAGUCUCAGAUUCAGAACCCCAACAAGACCAUCUGCCCCGAGCUACCCAACGAAGAUACCGCUCCUGCUGACCUCUCACCAAUCACCCUGCCUAGCCCUCCCAAUUACAAGAUCGGAGACAAGGUGGCUACUCGUAAGGCGUAUGGCGUGGCCCUGGCUAAACUGGGUCAGUCCAGUCCGAGGGUGGUGGCUCUGGACGCUGACAUGAAGAACUCUACCUUCUCUGAGAUGUUCCACAAGGCCUACCCUGAACGCUACAUAGAGUGCUUCAUCGCUGAGCAGAACAUGGUGAGCGUGGCGAUCGGCUGUGCCACACGGGACCGCACGGUGGCGUUCGCCAGCACCUUCGCUGCCUUCCUGUCCCGGGCUUACGACCAUAUCAGAAUGGCUGCCGUCUCAGAGUCAAACAUCAACCUGGCGGGGUCACACUGUGGAGUCUCUAUCGGUGAGGAUGGCCCCUCCCAGAUGGCAUUGGAAGACAUUGCCAUGUUUCGCGCUAUCCCAACAUGCACUCUGUUCUACCCAAGUGACGGCGUCUCCACCGAGAGGUCUGUGGAGCUGGCUGCUAACACCAAGGGAAUCUGUUUCCUCCGCAUCACCAGACCAGAACUAAAGGUGAUCUACGACCCCAAAGAGAAGUUUGAGGUGGGCGUGGCCAAGGUGCUGCGUCAGUCCGACAGCGACCAGGUGACGGUGAUUGGAGCUGGAGUGACUCUGCAUGAAGCUCUGACUGCUGCUGACCAGCUGGCCAGCGAGGGAGUGAACAUCCGUGUGAUUGACCCGUUCACCAUCAAGCCCCUGGAUGCCGCCACCAUCGUGUCGAGCGCCCGCGCCACCGGAGGGAGGAUCAUCACCGUGGAGGACCACUACAGAGAGGGUGGUCUUGGGGAGGCGGUGCUGUCUGCGGUGGGGGAGGAGCCUGGUAUCAUGGUGACACGCCUGGCGGUGAACCGUAUACCCCGGAGUGGAAAACCUCAGGAGCUCCUGGACCUGUACGGAAUCAACGCCAAACACAUCGCCAACGCCGUGCGCCAGACCUUCGCUAACUGAGACGGCCUGGUUGAAAGUAGUGCACUAUAUAGGGGGACAUUUGGGAUAAACACAACUCAUCUCUGCUCUUAUACCACCUGUCACCCCUCCCCCCUCUCUGACCUGUCACCCC